AUUCAUCAUUUUUGCACUUCCAUGAAUCGGAUUGUGACAUAGGAGGGUCUUCAUCUUAUGAAUCUGUGCUUUCUCUCAACACAGAAAAAAUUCUGAGUCAAGCGAAGUUGCUUGCAGAGCAAAAACGAUUUCCAUUUGCUACUGAUAAUGACAACACAAAUGAAGAAUUGGCAAUUGCUUACGUGUUGAUUGGCAACGGCUUGUAUGAUGAAGCCAUACGACAUUUUUCAACAAUGCUGCAGGAAGAACCAGAGUUGGUUAGUGCAAUUUAUGGACGAGGGAUAGCAUAUGGAAAAAAAGGACUACAUGAUAUGAAAAAUGCUGAACUUGCUCUGUUUGAGCUCAGUAGGGUGAUUAGUCUAGAACCAGAUCAUCCUGAAGUUUUUGAACAGCGAGCAGAAAUAUUGUCCCCACUAGGACGAAUCAGCGAAGCAUUAUCUGAUCUCACCAAAGCUAUUCAGCUACAACCAUCAGCACGGCUCUUUAGGCACAGAGGUACCCUUUACUUCAUAUCGGAGGAUUACGCAACAGCCCACGAAGAUUUUCAGCAUUCACUGGAACUGAACAAAAAUCAGCCUAUAGCUAUGCUUUAUAAAGGCUUAACCUUUUUUCACAGAGGACUUUUGAAGGAAGCCAUUGAAUCGUUCAAAGAAGCUCUGAAGCAGAAAGCAGACUUCAUAGAUGCAUAUAAAAGUCUGGGGCAAGCCUACAGAGAACUUGGCAACUUCGAUGCUGCUACAGAGAGCUUCCAGAAGGCUUUGCUCCUAAAUCAAAAUCAUGUUCAGACAUUACAGCUCAAAGGAAUGAUGCUUUAUCAUCAUGGUAGCUUAGAUGAAGCACUAAAAAAUUUUAAGGUAAGCAGGCCCUAAGUAAAUAGAAAAUUAAAAUG